CUCUCUCCUUCUGAAAGCACUUUUUUCCCCCCACCCCUGUCUCUGCACUGUGCCAGAUUAGCAGAGGAGUGAAGGAGCAGAAAGAGGAGCGAGAAGAGAGGAUUUGCCGAUUGGAAGAGAGACAGACGGGGGUGAGGGACCAUGGCUGCUCUCUCCGCCUUGCUGAAGACCUGGGUCGUCCUGCAAACCCUGUGCCUGGCUCUGGCACAAGUGAGGGGCCCGUCCGGCCCUCAGGGUCCACCAGGUCCUCCUGGCAUCCCUGGCUCCGAUGGCAUUGAUGGGGAGAAAGGACCGCCUGGUUCCCCUGGCCCACUGGGACAAAAGGGAGAGCCUGGAGAGCCCGGCCCUGAUGGACCCCCCGGAGAGAAUGGCAUUGACGGUUUGAUUGGAGCAAAAGGUGACCGCGGACCAAUCGGUAGCCCCGGCCCAAAGGGUCAACCGGGACCAAGUGGUGAGCCUGGACGUCCAGGAGUCGGCCUAGCAGGUCUGGCUGGUGCCCCAGGGCCAAUUGGCCUUCCAGGUCAAAUUGGACCGCCUGGACCAAAGGGUGUUUUGGGACCACCAGGUCCUCCGGGACUCCCUGGACCUCCAGGCAAACCGGGUCCUCCAGGCAAGUUUAUUGGUCUCGAGGAGGGUAGCGCAGACCUGCAGUGUCCUCUCAACUGCCCAGCAGGACCCAAAGGCCCUCAGGGACUGCAGGGUGUAAAAGGACACAAAGGGCGCGCCGGCAUUCUCGGAGACCCCGGCAGCAUAGGGAAACCGGGACCCAAGGGAGAUGUCGGUCUCUCUGGGGAGCAGGGCAUCCCAGGACCCCCGGGUCCGUUCGGUCUUCGGGGAUAUCCAGGAAUGAUGGGUCCUAAAGGAGAGGCCGGCCCUCGUGGAUACAAGGGCAUUGUUGGACCUGUAGGAAUUCCUGGACCUCCUGGUGAGGAGGGACCUCAGGGGCCACUUGGAGACUCGGGAGAAAAAGGAGACAAAGGCGGCCGAGGCAUCCAGGGCCCACAGGGGGGCGUUGGCAAAAAGGGGGAGAAUGGUCUUCCGGGUAUCGAUGGAAAAGAUGGCACACCUGGCAUUCCUGGAAUCAAGGGGGCUCCUGGGCAACCAGGAAUGCCUGGCCCUCCUGGUCCUGCGGGGACAGCAGGUUUGCCUGGCACACCAGGGGGAAAAGGGGAACCUGGAAGAAAGGGGGAACCUGGACCAAGGGGCCACAGUGGGAUGCCUGGUACUCCUGGUCCUUUGGGCGAACCAGGUAUUCCUGGAGGGCCAGGUAUGGAAGGAGUUCCCGGACCCAAGGGUGACAGAGGACAGCGGGGACCAGUGGGGCCACAAGGAUCAGUUGGCAAGCCCGGGAGCAAAGGAGAAAGAGGGCCUAUUGGUAUCCCAGGUGCACAGGGACUUACUGGGACUAAAGGGGAUCAGGGCUUUCAAGGAAAAGGUGGUCCAAAGGGAGACAUAGGCGACCCAGGUGUUGAAGGAUUGGCUGGCGAGAAAGGCGAAAAGGGUUUGUCUGGUGAACCUGGGCCCAAAGGACAGCAAGGAAUUAGGGGGGACCCCGGACACAACGGCCCCACUGGAGACCCUGGGAAACCAGGGGAUCCGGGGUCGCCUGGGCUGCCGGGUCCAAGGGGACUCAACGGAGAGAGAGGAGUUCCCGGCAUACCGGGCAUUGCUGGACCAGUGGGGCGUGAUGCAUCUGACCAGCAUAUUAUUGAAGUGGUGCUAAAGAUGUUGCAGGAAAAACUGCAGGCUGUGGCAGUGAGUUCCAAAAGGGCUGUGCUUGGUGGUGCGGGUGUAAUGGGACCUCCCGGGCCUCCAGGUCCACCAGGGGCACCUGGCCCCCAGGGGCCACAUGGCAUUCCUGGCACCCGUGGUAUCCCUGGUAUGUUUGGGGGACCUGGGCAGAUUGGAAACACUGGGCUAAAAGGAAAGAGAGGGCCGAAGGGCGAGAGAGGAGAUCCAGGUAAACCUCACCCAGGUCAACCAGGACCUCCAGGGAUACAAGGUCCUCCUGGCGUUGAUGGUGUGGCUAGAGACGGCAGGCCCGGUGAGAGAGGACCUCAAGGAGCAGCUGGUGAGCCGGGUCACCCUGGUAAGGCAGGGCCCCCAGGUCUUCCCGGGUUCUGCGAGGCGGCAAUGUGUCUGGCGGCAUCGGCGUACGCCUCGCCGAGAUUACAAGAGGCGGGGACGAUCAAAGGACCCAAUGUUUAGAGACCCCCGGCCCUCUCUCUAAAUCAACUGUCGGGGGGAGAGAGGUGAAGAGGAAAGAGAGAGACUGCUCUCCUCAGUUGGACAACAUCAGGAAAUGAGAGCUGGGGAGCAGUGAUAGGACGGCGACUGGCUGUUUAGCUUCUCCCCCUGUCCUCCAUCUCUCCUAGAUAUUACAACUGGAAGUUUUUUGGGAUAUCACAAUCUUAAUCCCACACAUCACCAUGACAACAGCAGCUCACAAGCCACCCACAUCUUUUAAGAAUUCUCCAGGGUUUUUUUUUUUUUUUGUUUCUUUGGAUGAUGUCUGUAUCAGUCCCGUCCAAAUGCCACACUCCUUUCCUUGGCAGUGAGACAGGAGCAGAUUCAGACUGAACCUCCACGUGUCCUACCUACGGACACACCGUCUACAAGCCGAGAGAUGCUGAAAAAAAAAUUAAGUACAACGGUGAAGGGUGCUUUUCUUUAAUGACGCGAUCACUUUAGAUGCGAUGACUUGUGUGCUCUUGAACAUCAUCUUACCUCUGUUUCGACUGAGACGUCAAACCUUAAAAAUGUACAAUAAGGACCAAUAAAUGAUUGCAGCCCAAGUUUUCACUCAGUACUGUAUUAUGAAAUGCAUCUCCUGAUCUGUAAGCCUGAGUGAAAUCCUUGAUUUAACUAAUGUAAAUUGCUUCCCCUUCCCUCACCCCUCCGCUUUCUACCUAAGUCUCAUUUUAAAACCUAACGACAAGCUUUAUCUCAUCCCCUUGUUGCCAGGCAACAGCAUAUCCCAAUAGGCACUCCCAUCUCCCACAAUGCAGUGCUGUAAAUCUUUGUAAAUGUGUGUUGAUUAUUAUGUGCAGGAAUACCGUGCAGAACUCUCAGAAAUGAUGACACUUCCUCGAAACAAUUGGCUAUUAGUUCAAUUGUGCUUUCCAUGCCACUGUCAGAUUUCCACAGGAUUACUGGUUUAUGUCAUUAAAAAGAAGCUAUUUAUUGUUCUUGAUAAUAAUCACCUGUAAAGAAAAAAGGGAGGAUUUAUUUCUGGAUGUUCAUUCUUCCCAAACACCAAUAAAGAGGAAACGUUUUAUAAAAAUCCAA